GAGCGCGCCGGAGGGGGCGGGGCCGCGGCGGCGCUCGGUCCUCCCGCGCGCCUCUCUGUGGCCGCGGGCGCAGCGCUUCCGGGUCAGGGGUCAGCGCGCUCCCGCCGGAGGCGCCAAUUUCAAGACGAUGGCUACGCCAGACCCCGCCCCCCGCACCAGGCCCCGCCCCCGGCCCCGCCCCUCGCCCAACCCUCUCUUCACCAAGUGGCUCCGCGAGUGGCGGGACGAGGCGGUGGCGGCCGGGGGGGGGCGGCAACUGGCCUACGAGCGGGCGCUGCGCUCGCUGCGCCGCUACCCGCUGCGCUUGGCCUCGGGCCGGGAGGCCGCCAUGCUCCGCCACUUCGGCCCCAAGAUCUGCCGCCGCCUCGACCAGCGCCUGCAGCAGCACCGCCGCGAAGAAGGCUCCGCCUCCCCCAGCCCCCCCGCCGAGGGGCGGGGCCGGCAGAGCCCCCAGGCUCCGCCCACGAGGCUCCGCCCCCCGCGGCAGUACCGGCCCCUCCCCCGCUCGGAGCCCUUCGCCCUCCUGGUGACGCUGCUCAGGAGCCCGUGGCCCCUCCCGGAGGCGGAGCUCCGAGCCGCGGCCCAGCCCCUCUGCACCCGGCCCCUGGGGGCGGUGGCCCCCGGGGGGGCCCUGGGCUCCCUGCUGCGACGGCGCCUGGUGCAGGGCAGCGGCUGCAGGUACUCGCUGACCCCCCAGGGCCGGGCCCUGGCCCAGCGAUUGGCUGCCGCCCCCGAGGCCCCGCCCCCCGCCGAGGGGGCCCAGGCGUCCGAGGAGCCGCCCCCGCCCCCAGCCGGGGGGCCGGAGCCCCCCCCGGAGACCGAGUUUGAGAUGAGACCCGGCGAGUUCGACAUCGUCCUGUGCGUCGACGUCAACGAGGCCACGGGGUGA